UUUGAUUUCAUUUUACAAAGCCAAAUCCCCAAGAUUGAUCGACAAGAUAAUAAGAAUCCUUCACCCACACCACAUAAAAUAAAAAAGGAGAACAAAAAGUAUAAAAUACUAUAUAUUAUUAUCAGCUUGGAAUUGAAGAAUUAAAGAUUAUCAGAGAAGAAUCCAUGGCAGAAGAAUUUCAACUUGGGAGUGGAAAUUGGUGGGAAUCAUCAUCAUCAUCAUCAUCAAGAUUAAAUCACCGGUUUGAGAGCAGUAGUGGAUCGUCUUCAUCAUCAACGGCAGCAAUAUCAUCAACCCAGAAUGAUGUUAGCAUGGAAAGCAGCGGCUUUAUUGGGUGCUGGCCGACACACCUUAUAGUGGACUCCAAACCUAAAUCUUCCUUGGAUUCCGUGUCGGCUGCCGGCGGCGGCGGCGACGCUGCUCUUUUGUCUCAUCACGGUUUCCACAACAUCAUGGGUUUAGGUCUUUCUCCCCAACAAAUACCCUGCUGGAAUAAUAAUAAUAUUCCUUCUUUAUUUAGCUCGAACGCGAACGCGAGUUUUCAGCAGGAUUGUUCGUCCUCGUACGAUUACGACAAGCAAAUGAACCGGCUUUCGCUAGAUCAACCUCAACCAACGCCGCCGCUGUCGUCUCUCGAGGGUUCAACCGCCAGCUCCGACUUGGAUAGAACCGCUUCCGCGGUUCUGCAACCUGAAUCGUCGCCAAUGAAUUUUUCUUAUGAUGUUUCACAAAAUUAUGGGAUGAAACCAGGCGGCGGCGGCGGCGCCGUCAUCGGCGACAUCACGUCUCCCACGUGGUCCAAGUUUCCUCAGUUUCUCCGACCUAGGCAGCCGCAGUUCUCCAACAACACAACCUUCUGGAACGCCGCUAUGAACGACGACGACGCACAGUUCAGCCUCUUCCCCGUCGAUGAAAAACCAAAGAAUAUAUCAGCAGGCCAGCGAGAUUCAAGUACGGCAACGAAGACGGCGGGCUGUACGGAAACGUCAAGCAAAAGGCCGCGCGAUCAGAACGACACGGCGACACCCAUGCCAGCUUUUAAGGUACGGAAAGAGAAGAUGGGGGACAGAAUCACAGCACUCCAACAAUUAAUUUCUCCUUUUGGAAAGACUGACACAGCUUCUGUGCUCUCCGAGGCCAUUGAAUACAUCAAGUUCCUCCAUGAUCAAGUCAAUGUCUUGAGCACACCAUACUUGAAGAGUGGAGCUUCCAUGCGGCAUCAACUGAAUUUCGAGAAAUCCAAGAAUCCAGAAACAGCAAGCGGGCAAGAUCUUAGGAGUCGGGGAUUGUGUUUGGUGCCGAUAUCCAGCACGAUGACCUUCCCUCUCACACCAACGUUUGGUGGAUGUUUUAGAUAAGAGGGACGACAACAACACUACAAUUCUUGUUAUAUUAUAUGAGUUCUCAAUCUCACUAACUAUGAUUACUGAUCGUUACAUGAUUAUUACACUGUAAAUGCAAUGUAUACUCUAUAUUAUAACGAUAAUUAGAUACUGAUAUGAUAUCUAAACAUCAUUAUAAUAAAGAGUAUACAAGUGAGUACAAAACACAAAAUUAAUAUGUGUUAAUUCUAGCAUGUGCUCUGACUCGUGUAAUAAAUUUUUUUUGGUUAUAAGUGGAGGUAGGAAUGAUGAGGAUGAUAAGAAAGGAAAAAGGUGAUCGGGCCGGGGCACCGUACAAUCAGCAGUGCUGGUAGUACUAGUCCAUACAGGUCCAGAUGAUGAUGAGAAGGGGAAAGUAAAAAAGAAAGAAAGGGAAAGGGAAAGGAAAUGUGGCUUUAGAGGACAGGUGAUUGUAGUGCCAGCUACAGGCAAAAUCAUACAACUUUGGCAAAUAUUAGGGACCAUAUAUAUAUAUAUAUAUAUAUAUAUAUAUAUAUAUAUAUAUCUCGUAGUUGCAAAUGUAGCCAUGUAUGUAAUACUUCAAGAAUUAUAUGAUUAAAGCUGCAGGUGUGUUAAGGA